AUGGAUAGUUGCAAGGUAAUGUCUACUCCAAUGGGAUCCGGAUCUUAUGUUGAUCAAUAUGAAUCAGGUGUUUCGGUUGACAUAACAAAGUAUCAAGGUAUGGUUGGUUCCUUACUUUAUUUGACGGCAAGCCGUCCUGAUAUUAUGUUCAGUGUGUGUCUUUGUGCUCGUUUUCAAGCCAAUCCAAAAGAAUCACAUAUUACCGUUGUUAAGAGGAUCAUGAAGUAUCUCAAGGGAACAACAAAUGUCGGCAUAUGGUAUCCUAAAGGUAGUAUUUGCAAAUUAGUUGGUUAUUCUGACGCUGAUUAUGCAGGAAGUAAAACUGAUCAAAAAAGUACUAGUGGUACAUGUCACAUCCUUGGAAAUGCAUUAGUAUCGUGGGCUUGCAAGAAACAAGCUUGUAUUGCUCUAAGCACUUCCGAAGCGGAAUACAUAGCAGCAGCAUGCACAUGA